GGCCAUGGAAAGUGCUGAGAACUGCUCCAGACCGCCGCCCUCACCGCCCACCUCGCCGCCUAUGUCCCCACACGCCCUGCCGCCACACGCACGUGUUUCUGCCUUCUCUGUCGUAACGCCCCACACAAAAACCUCCCCAGGCAAAGAGUGUGAGAGUCCACUAGGUGGGUGUGUGGCGUCUGGCCCGAUGGUGGCCCCUGGUGGGUAUCUCAACAGUACAUGGCCACUGCCUCCUGGCCUCCUCUACCCCUACUCCUCCUCCCUCAUGGGUUCCUACCCUUCAGCCGCGACCCUGGGUUCACUGUGGAAUUCUACUACCCUCGGUGGCUCACACAAUAAGCACUAUACAGGUGGUCCAACGCCUCCAAAUCCCGAGAAACGCGACGAACCUCUCAAUUUGUCUCUUAAGAGCUGCCGCACCACCAAGGCAACAAUAUGGUCUCCUGCCUCUGCAUUAGAACAAGAGGAAAGGGAAGAGUCAUUGCCCUCCCCAACAGGUCGUCUUAGCCCUAUGGACUCGAGUGACUGUGAGGUCAUACCAGCGGCACAUGAAGACACAUGCAGAGACCCACGGGCUCCAGCCCUCGAUCCGAUCAGCCUCCGACUUGGUCUUCGUCAGUAUGCAGACUUCGUAGUGAAUCUUCAGGGUCUGGCGACACGUGACAAGGAAGAAGGAGCCAUUGCACACCGAGAGGAAGGACUGUCGCCGUCGUGGUGCCCUGGGGUGUGGCCCUGGGCGCCCCUGUACAGGGGUGCAGAUGUGUUUACCUGCCAACAGUGCCCGAAAACUUUCAGCUCACCCCUAAAACCGAAGUCCACAUGAAGCGAACCCACUCCCACAUAAGUAAAGGCUAUGACUCCUACGCACCAGACAACGAUAAGACAGUCUCGCAACCACUGGGUCUUACAACAGUGUCUCCAGCCAGGACCGAAAAGACUUUCCAGUGUAAGCAGUGUGGGAAAUGCUUCAAGAGGUCAUCAACGCUUUCCACCCACCUCCUCAUCCACUCUGACACCCCUUACCCUUGUCAGUAUUGCGGCAAGCGCUUCCACCAGAAGUCCGAUAUGAAGAAACACACAUUCACACUGGAGAAAAGCCCCACAAGUGUGUGGUGUGCGGAAAAGCAUUCAGCCAGUCUUCAAACCUCAUCACCCACAUGCGGAAGCAUACAGGAUAUAAACCCUUUGCUUGUGGUCUCUGCGAAAAAGCCUUCCAGCGGAAAGUGGAUCUUCGACGACACCGUGAAUCCGUCCACCCAAACUGCGAGCACAUCCCUCCACCCCCACCACAACCCUUCCCCCUUCACGCCGACUCAGAGAAUAAUAAUAACAACAACUGUAAUACGAAUAACAACAACAUCAACAACAACAAUGAGAGUAUGAGUAACAAUAAUCAAUCUUCAGAACUGUCGAAUGAGUCAUCUAGUGUGAGCAUCAACACAUUUCUAUAAGUUGGAACUCUUCUUUCAUCUAGUGUUGGACCAGCGUUCACAACACAGCACAGAGCACACUUUGUAUACAUAGAUAUAGAGUAUACAGAGCUAUAUGUUGUGUGCAAAUCAACACAAAAACCAGAAUAAUGGAUGUUAUUGAUCCUGUGUGUAAUAGUGCUGCACUGCUACUUGCAUCAGUGUGUUAAACGUUGUGUUAACUACUUUGUAAUGUUGGAGUAUGGAUCCCAAGCCUAUUGUACAUCACUUUGCUCAAGUGUCAACGUUAUGGAUCUCAUGGUAAACAAACGUUAAUUUUAUUCCUGUUGUCUGAUUCUCGACGAGUCACAUGUAAGAGCAACCUGACCACUUUGAGAUGUGAUAUUUACGUCACCAGGGAUACUGUGAGGUAGCUAAUGCAGAAAUAGCGUCACUGGCACUUGCAACUUAAUUACUUUGAUCGUAAGGAAACAUUCUACAUCUACAGUUUCUUGAAUUUCUAUUUUGUAAACUUCAACUUUUACCCAUUGACUUGAUGAGGAAUCUCCUAAGAGACAGCAAAUUCAUCUUUUGAAGCAGGAAAUUGACAUUAUAUAUCAUUUAGUUCAAUUUUGUCACUUAAAAGACUUGCAUUGACAUAAAAAAGGCCAAAGCACUCGAAGGGCAGUAACGUAGAAACAGAUAAGCUCUUCGUGAAUACUGUAGUAAUUUUGCAGUUGCAUGUCCAUGACGCUGGUAGUGGCAGUUACAUGGUAUUAACCUAGGGGCAGAAAGUGACAGUUUGCGUACAAGCAGACGUAGUUAUGACAUAUGUAUUUCAUUAAUUUAGGAGAAGUCGCGUAAUUACGUUGAUGACAUAGCUACUUCAAGUCUCAUGGUCAUGGUGCUUUAGGUGGCAGCCUCGUAGCCAUGACUUAGAGACUCCCAAGUUGUAUAACAAUGAUGCAAGCAGAGAGUAGUAGAGUCAUGACUGAUUCAGACAGUUUCACAGUCAUGGCAAUAGUCAGUCUUGAUGUACAAACUCUUCAGUAUUAACCUGAAAAUUUUAGGGUCAAAUUCGACUUUAUUAAAGAAUUAUCUUGAGGCUUCCAUAUGAAGCACUCAAUAUGUUGGUCUAGUGAUUUUCAUGUGGAGCACCACUCAGCCUAAUGGGUUCCAUGUGAACACCACUCAGUGAGCCUAGUGGCUUCCAUGUGGAACACCACUGUGAGCCUAGUGUCUUCCAUGUGGAACAUCACUCAAUCAACCUAGUGGCUUCCAUGUGGAACACCAGUCUGUAAGCCUAGUGGCUCCCAUGUGGAACACCACUCUGAGCCUAGUGGCUCCCAUGUGGAACACCACUCUGUGAGCCUAGUGGUUUCCAUGUGGAACACCACUCAGUGAGCCUUGUGGCUUCCAUGUGGAACACCACUCAGUGAGCCUAGUGGCUCCCAUGUGGAACACCACUAAGUGAGCCUAGUGGUUUCCAUGUGGAACACCACUCAGUGAGCCUAGUGGCUUCUAUGUGGAACACCACUCUGUGAGCCUAGUGGCUCCCAUGUGGAACACCACUCAGUGAGCCUAGUGGUUUCCAUGUGGAACACCACUCAGUGAGCCUAGUGGUUCCCAUGUGGAACACCACUCAGUGAGCCUAGUGGCUUCCAUGUGGAACACCACUCAGUGAGCCUAGAGGCUUCAAUGUGGAACACCACUCAGUGAGCCUAGUGGCUUCCAUGUGGAACACCACUCUGUGAGCCCAGUGGCUCCCAUAUGGAACACCACUCUGUGAGCCUUGUGGCUUGCAUGUGGAACACCACUCUGUGAGCCUAGUGGCUCCCAUGUGGAACACCACUCAGUGAGCCUAGUGGCUUCCUUGUGGAACACCACUCAGUGAGCCUAGUGGUUUCCAUGUGGAACACCACUCAGUCAGCCUAGUGGUUUCCAUGUGGAACACCACUCAGUGAGCCUAGUGGCUUCCAUGUGGAACACCACUCAGUGAGCCUAGUGGUUCCCAUGUGGAACACCACUCAGUGAGCCUUGUGGCUCCCAUGUGGAACACCACUCAGUGAGCCUAGUGGUUCCCAUGUGGAACACCAGUCUGUGAGCCUAGUGGCUCCCAUGUGGAACACCACUCAGUGAGCCUAGUGGUUCCCAUGUGGAACACCAGUCUGUGAGCCUAGUGGUUCCCAUGUGGAACACCAGUCUGUGAGCCUAGUGGCUCCCAUGUGGAACACCAGUCUGUGAGCCUAGUGGCUCCCAUGUGGAACACCACUCAGUGAGCCUAGUGGUUCACAUGUGGAACACCAGUCUGUGAGCCUAGUGGCUCCCAUGUGGAACACCACUCAGUGAGCCUUGUGGCUCCCAUGUGGAACACCACUCAGUGAGCCUUGUGGCUCCCAUGUGGAACACCACUCAGUGGGUGUGAAGGUAAUCAACAAAUGGCAACGCCUCUCCUUGUUUGUGUUUGCAGGCUGCUCAAGAAGGCCAAGAGUGGCCCAGGUACGAGGUGAAUAGAGAAACCAGUGAUGUGGCUUACUCCUUAGUUCCUCGUCACAUAGUUGGGGACUAGUCAGUUAGCAUCGAACCAAAGUAAAUUUAAGUCAGUCCUAUUUAUCAAAGUGAAUUAGUGACAGUGAGGUAUAUUAUUUAGGUUACUUUAAUGUUCUUCCUAAGUAUAGCUGAUUUUUAUGUCAAGAGGUAUUGUGUGAAUAUUUUUGUGACACUUUACUGUACAGAGGAUGGAUGGAUAAGUAAACAAAAGAUUGGUGUGAGGACGUGAUCGCUUGGUGAAUCACAUGAAAAAAUCCGCCUAUACAAUCCGUCCUUAGUGUUUAUCUAUAUAUCCAUCAAGGUUGUUUUCCAGUGUGGUGAAUAUAUUUGUAUAUAUUAUGUGAUGCACGGAGAUGAUGUGUUUGUGCGUUCACACUGUGCCUUUAUGAUAUCUGUGUACAGUAGAGAAGUGAGCUCCCUCUACGGUUUCUCAUUCCAAGUUGGCGUUGGACGUUACGUAUGUAUACCUUUGAAGCCCUCCGCCUCUUUGUUGAAAUAGUAGCUAGGAGUCAGCUGUGGAUCCCCACAUUCUCCCAUAACUAUUUUUCUUCUCUUAAUAUAUUAUAAGAGCGAGCCAUACAUUAUAUGAAAACCAUAACAGUUCCCCACUUUGUUUCUAAAGACCAGACACCAGCUCUUUACCCUUGGAGGUCUGCCUUUUUGAUAAUUUUAAUACCAACUUUGAUUGUUUACAAUAUUUAAGAAAUGAUGUUAUGGAGAUUGAUACCAAAAUUUUAAUCUAUAUCAGUAUUUACUGACAUGCAACUUAUAGAUGAGUAAAUUCGAACUUUUAAAAGCAAGUUUUGUUCAUAAUUGUAAACUUCAUCUUCGGGACCAAAUGUUGCAAAUAUAUGUUGUGAUAGUACUGGCGACUUUGCUUGUAUUGUGCUUAUAAUUAAACUUUGGAAAUUUUACCCAAGCUCAGUUACUUUCCACUCACUUAUGAAGGUACAAGUGGACUAAAAUAUUAAUUAUUCUGUAUAGCUACUUCAAAGACUAUUCAUAUGACAUCAAACACAGGCUUAAAGUCGCUAGUUACAAUAAACUCACAUUUUUGGCUCGCAUUUUGUAAAUAUUUUUUUCAAUGCCAAAGAAUUAUUAAUUAUCACCCUGCUUCUAUAACCAUUCAGUUAUCCAUUUUUCAUGUAAGGAUGUACUCUCAAUAUAGUAAAAAAAAAUAGGAUAAUUUUUUUGAGACGGAGUCCUUGACUUGAGGAACAGCUUUUUUUUCUCGCGAUAAUCUUAUUGUGCAUUAUCAGUUGUGUGUGAGUCGUCUCCCACUUCUUUCCAUUCGUCAUGAAAAAAAAGACGGAAUGCUGUACUAUAAAACGGCCGGUCUGUUGUUUAUCUGAAUAAUGUUAAUUAGAAAAACAUAUCCCCGUUACUAUGCACCUCUUCUCCUUUUUCCACAUUUUUCUCAGUGAAUAAUGUAUGCACUGGAGGAUUAAACGGUUUUGUAUAAAUUGAAUAAUGUAAAUAGUUUUAUGAUAAACACUGGAACAGCUAGAAUUACCAAAGAUGAUCUUUUUCCAGUGUUGAGGCUGUGGAAGACGUGCAUUGUAUUACUUGGUCGUGUGGUGACUAUGUACAGUACAACGCACUAGAGGGUUCUAGCAAAGAAAACAUACUGUACCUGUUUCAAAAUAAACGUUACUUUACGGUAAUUUGAUACUUCCUAGAAUCUGCGUGAGACAUUGGGUUGUUAGGAGUCGUUCACAAAGUGAUCCCAACUCAAGCCCUUGUUACCAUGGAAAAUACAGGCACACUGUGGCUCUAAUACUAGCCCUUACACUGAACCACACUGUGGCGCCAUUAGUAGUACUUGGUACCAGAUGUUAUAAAUACAAUGUAACCCCUUGAACUUAACACCAGCCCACAAAACUGUUGCAAAGACAAACUGCGGCCGUAACACCAGUCACAGUACAGUACUAUGUGGUAAAGACACUUUGUGGAGUUAAUCCAGCCCACGAUACCAUGCGGCAGAGGCAGGCACUGCGAACAAACACCAGUCCAUAAUAUGCUGUAGACACAUACGAUACACAUGGACCUAACGCCGUUCCUCUCCCUUUCCACGGCAAUGUUCAUACCUGUCACUCAGUCUAACAUACCAGUCUUAUUCACUACCCAUCACUCAGUCUAACAUACCAGUCUUAUUCACUACCCAUCACUCAGUCUAACAUACCAGUCUUAUUCACUACCCAUCACUCAGUCUAACAUACCAGUCUUAUUCAUUACCCACCACUGGAACGUGAAUCUCGUGUCUCAGUCUGACAGAAAGAUUUCCCACCUGUUAUGACAUACACCCGUCACCUAACACUCACACCUACGUAUCUCAUCCCAGCACGAUAACUACGCCCACAUCCCUCAGCCUGGUGGGACCAUUUCCUACCUUAUCUCUCACACUGAUAUGGCCAUUGCACCUAUCAGCCUAGGGCGAACAUUUUUUCCUUCGUCUCGGCCAGACAAGCAUUAUUUCCUAGUCUCCUAGCAUAGCACGGUUACUACCCCUCGUCUCUCUACCUGGUACGACUACUGUACUAGUACUACUGUACCUUCACGUAUCAGUCUAGUAAGUCUGUCCUUCCUCGUCUCAGCUUAGCACGAGCAUUCCUGUGUCUCUUGGCCAGGGACGACCUUUGUCUUUUUGUAUACAUUACAGUACCAUUCCUUUAUCCCCUAUUAUUACCAGUAUCCCUUUCCUUCCUCCGCAGGAAAUCACAUUUACAAUGGCACGCAAGACAUGCAUUGUACUUACUUUUGGAAGUAACUAAUUUAACGUAUGUAUUGUAAUAUCAAAAUAAAGUAUCUUCUCAUGUUUCUAGAAA